UUCAUCCCCAAAACGCGGAAAUCCACACAGAGAACCAGCUUGAUCAGAUUUCGGUCUCUCUGUUAGGACAAUAGCAAAACUCUUCCAGCAACCUUCUGCGAUCUCGUCUUAAUAUCCGAGAUGUCUUCGUUCAGUGGCGAUGAGACUGCGCCUUUCUUCGGCUUCCUCGGCGCGGCUGCAGCGCUCGUUUUCUCAUGCAUGGGAGCUGCUUAUGGGACAGCCAAGAGUGGGGUCGGUGUGGCAUCUAUGGGUGUGAUGAGGCCUGAGCUGGUCAUGAAGUCUAUUGUCCCAGUUGUUAUGGCUGGUGUUUUGGGUAUCUAUGGAUUGAUUAUUGCUGUUAUCAUCAGUACCGGGAUCAACCCCAAGGCUAAGUCGUACUAUCUCUUUGAUGGGUAUGCCCAUCUUUCUUCUGGUCUCGCAUGUGGACUUGCUGGGCUUUCAGCUGGAAUGGCCAUUGGAAUCGUGGGUGAUGCUGGUGUCAGGGCCAAUGCUCAACAGCCAAAGCUUUUUGUCGGGAUGAUUCUUAUCCUCAUUUUCGCUGAAGCACUGGCACUGUACGGUCUCAUCGUCGGCAUCAUCUUGUCUUCCCGAGCCGGUCAGUCCAGAGCAGACUGAGAGGAUGGCCGGUUUUGAACCUCAAGGAUUCUUUCAGCACUUGCCAUCAAGCCAGACCGUCGUCUAUUAAGAUGGUGGAUUUGCUUCCGACAUGUUUCUUAAGAGCGUGUUGGCUCGAUCCAAAAAACAAAACACUCAUCAGUUGUCGUUUUCACCAGUUCUGUUAUGUUUGAUUGUUUGUAAUAUGUUCGCGAAGGAGAUUAUUGUCUGCUCAAUAAGGACGUCAUGAGUGAGAGACCCCAUAUUUAAAUUAUAUUAUUUUUCUCGUUGAAUAAAACUCGGAAAUAUUCUCUUCCUA